AUGUUCCUGACUGCAGUAAAUCCACAGUCACUCUCUACACCAGGCUGGAAGAUCGAGACCAAGUAUUCGACCAGAGUGCUCACGGGAAACUGGGUGGAAGAGAGGAGGAAGUUCACCAGAGCCACCGAGAAGACACCGCAGAGCCUUUACCGAAUAGAGUACGUCCCCAUCCCGGGCCACAGACCGGACCUGAUCUCCAGGUGGUACGGGAAGAGGAAAGUUGAGGGGCUCCCGUACAAGCACCUGAUCACCCACCACCAGGAGCCCCGGCACCGCUGCCUGAUCAGCACCUAUGACGACCACUACAACCGGCACAACUACAACCCCGGCUUGCCGCCGCUGCGCACCUGGAGCGCGCAGAAGCUGCUGUGGCUGCCGGAGAAGGCUGACUUCCCACUUCUCGCACCCCCCACCAACUACGGCCUCUACGAGCGGCUGAGGCAGAGCUGGCUGGCGUCCAAGGCCAGCCCGAGGGAGAGCGUUUACACUUCGUCCUACCCCAGGCCACCGCUGUGCGCCAUGUCCAGGCGGGAGCACGCCAUCCCUGUCCCCCCUCCACGCCUGCACCCCAUCCCACACUUCUGA